AUGGCGGCGGACGCAACUAAAGAACGAAAAAUUUUAUUUGGAGGCACCAUUGCCACUGUGGUAGCUUUUCUUUUCCAACUUGUGGCUAUUUGUACUUCAUACUGGCUAUUAGUGGACGCGCCUUCUGAACAAGUGACCGGAAAUAAAACGGGUCGAACAUUGAUUCGCUCUUAUAGUGGGCUGUGGAGGAUUUGUAAAGUCUAUAGAGAAGGAAAAGACGGUUCAGAAAGUGAAGUAUGUGAAUCUCAUGAUUUAUUUCCCUCUGAAGAAGAUAUUCAAGUAGAUGAGAAUAUUGACAGUCAUUAUUUAGAUUAUACAAGGACAGUGAUCGCCUUUACUAUAAUAGCUAUACUACUAAUGAGUUUAGUUCAUUGUUUUGCCUUUUAUACAAUUAGACGACCUAGAUAUAUUGUCAAACGACUCACGGCAUUGCUUCACUUUAUGACAGCUGCGUGUAUUUUGGUGCUAAAUGAAGUUUUUGUUAAGGCAAUAGAACAUGAGAAAGAACACCUGGCUGGACGAUUUCCAAUUAAUGGCGUAUCUUCUUAUGGAUUUUCAUUCAUCCUGUCGUGGCUGGUGUUUGUUGUUUUUGUGUGCGUCGGCCUAGUGUUUUUAUUUGUUUCCCAUAAACGGAAAGCGGACAUGGCCGACAUUGACGAUGAGCUUGCGCAAGAAGAUGAACCGAUGCAGCUUGGAAGAGUAUAA